AAAUUAGAAGUCUUAAACUAUAAAGACAAAAAUCCUGAUAUUAGUAACGUUGAUAUUGCUAAAUGGGUUAAAGAAACCUUUAGCUUAAAUAUUCAUUUAUCAACAGUUGGACGUAUAUUAAAACAGAAUGAUAAUACCUUUGAAGAAAUGCCUACUAUGAAAAGAUCAAGAGCUGUUACAUAUCCUGAGCUUGAUGAUGCAUUACAUGAAUGGGAAAGAUUAACUAUUGAAAUAUGUGCAAAUGCUAGUGGAACUGAUAAGCUUGAACUAUUAGUAAUUGGAAAAUAUAAAGAUCCUCGAUGCUUCAAAAAUGUAAACAGAAGAAGUCUUGGAGUAAAGUAUGAAGCCAACAUUAAAGCAUGGAUGACUAGAAUGGAAGGACGCAAAGUUAUUCUUUUACUAGAUGGUUCAAAAACCCAUAGUAUUGCAGAUCAAUAUGAAGAUGGAAAUAGUGAAAAUAAUCUAAAUGUGCUUUCUGCUACACAAUUUAUUGCUCUUUGUUUUCGAAAUGAAAUGGAUAUUGACAGCUAUAUUGAUUAUUCUGAAGAAAAUAUGUCUGAAGAAAUACUUAAUGAUCAAGAGAUAGUAGAUUUUACAAGACAUUCGGAUGAUUAUAUUAAUACUGAAGAACCGGAUGAUAGUAUAGAAAUACGCCAAUUUACACAUUAUGAAGCAUUAGAUGCAUUAGAUACUGUUAAUCAAUAUCUUCUACAACAAAAUGACAACAUGAUCGAAUAUAUUAAUGCAAUUUCAAAAAUUAUCAAGAAAGUGAGAAGUCUCCGAAUUGGCACACUACAACAAACCAACCUUGAUUCAUUUUUUGCUUCAAGUUCUGUUAGUGAAAAUGAAUUUGAAUAUAAUUUAACCGAAGCUGACAUGUUUGAAAAUACUGAAACUGAAGAUUUUGAAUCAGAU